GGGAUGAGUUGUAUGCCCUGAGGCGGGAGCUGGACAGACUGAAGAAACGUGUCAAUAAAAUGUCAGACGAAUUGAAGGAAAGGCAGGUGAAAACGAAAGAGGAAGCAGACAAGAUGAAGGACACCAUUGAAAGCGCAGUUCAGGAGGCAGUACGCAAGCAAGCGGAGCAGAAGCAGUCCGAGGAUCCUGCGAAGGAGGUCUGCAAUCCGGCAGUUGACGCGGUUACGAAGGCGGAGACGGUGAAGCGCCAGCUGGAACAAAUGAGGGAAUUACAAUACGAUCUAGCAGCGUUAAAAGGAGCAAUUCACAAGACUCCAGUAAGAAGUCAGUUUAUCUCACCACGACCACGGAGCACUUCCAAGAAGACCCCAACAAAGAAGACUUCAGCAGCUAACGGGGCGAGAACAAGUAGGAUUCGGAAGGCUCUCCAUACAAGCAAGGACCCAAGGCGCAGCGCGGUGAGGACAUCGGCUAGGCGGAGAAUACUACAAGGCAAGCAGAUCAUGGAGAACAUGCUCAACGCUCUACAAAUGGAGGAUCUGAAACAGUUGUGCAACAAGCACAACGUGAAGUACCGUGGUAUGCCGCAAACACGUGUAGCACUCAGGAAGGUACCAGGUGUGGUAGUAUCCAUCACUGAGGACCUUCACGAACAGGAGACGAUGGUGAAGAAGUCCAUGGGAGAAGCCAUGACGAGGAUCCGUCCGGGGAGACUGAAGACUCAGAGGAGGAGGACGAUAACGACGAAGCUUUUGAGGAAGUUGAAGAGUCCGUUGGGUCGGAUGCUUCAAGGGAUAUCGAACCAGCACAGCGGUAGCAAGUGCAGAUUACAGCCUUUCCGAAUCUAUCGACUACAGUUGUGCGUGAUUUAGUUACUCAACGUUCACACAGAAUACAAAUGCUGAUUAGGGUCAAGGACUGGAAGCAGUGUCGGGUAGUUAACAGAGUAUACAGACUAUCCGUAUUGGGACUGAUAAAGAGGAACGCAUUACCAUGGGCAACAAAGGUGGCUGGAAUAA